UUUUAAAACAGAUAGUUUAAUUAGCCUAUCGAAUUGAUCAUAUUGUCUUUUCAAUUUUUGUUAUUUCAAUAUUUUAACUAAGUAAUACUAUUCGACUUCAAUGGUUAUCAAAAUGAACAUUUUUUGUUUUUUAAUAUCGUUGGCAUUUGAAAGUGUUUUGGCAGUUACCUAUGCGGAUUAUAAGAAAGAGUUUGCCAUUACAAACAAACACAUCGAGCUCGUAGGAGAUAGAUUGCCGGACGUGAUUAGAUGUAUGAUUUUUGGACAUUUUCAGAUGGAGAAAAUUGCUUAUAUGGUAGCUGCGCCAACAUCUGUAAAUUAUCGUACCAUACCAAAAUUGAUAAGAUACGAGACUGAUUUACGAAUAGAAAUAAUGUACGUCACAUCUAUCCCUGUGCCGGUUGUUGAAAACCCAACAGAUAUUGGUUGGAUAGACCUUGGAAAAGAUCGAAUCUCGAGAAUUAAUGUAGCCCUGCAAGCUAUAAUCGCCACUAUUGAAACAGGUGCACAUUUUGCUUUGCCGAUCAUGAUAUGUCGUUUGAAAGGAAUGCUCUUGAGUAUAAAUCAGCCCAGUGCACGAAUUAUAAAAAAUGUCAAGUUGGACGAUGCUUAUAAUUGUGUCCUAACUGCUGUAAACAACGAUACGUAUAUUCUCACUGCUGUUUGGGAGCCAAGCAUGGCAAGCAUACUUCAUUCGAGUGAAAUGUAAAAAAGCGUUCACUUGCCACUCGGUUAUGACGAAACACAUCAAGCAUUUAAAAUAUGGACAACUCAUUGAAAUUACCAACUGCUAUUGUUAAUAUAUUGAAAUAA